ACACACACGAACGAGUGGGCAUCUGUUCUUCACUUAAAAUUCUCCUUCUCUCUCACACAUACACAUUCUUGUGUGUGAAAGAGAAGCAGGAGUCAAUCAAGUACCCCACAAAAUUCAGAAACUCUAGUUUGAAUUAGGUCCAGUUUCUGCUAGAUUUUGAAGCUCUCUCUCUCGUCUCUCUCUUUAUUUAUCCGUGUGUAUUGUGUAUAAAGAAGAUGAGGAAAGAGAGGGAGAUGGGGUUAAUUAAUCAUAAAGAAACAUCAAGAAUUCAAGAUUGAUCAAAAGAAUUCUUGGAUUACCCCACACAGACACACAUGGAACUCACGGAUUCAAGAAACAAUAAACAAAUCAACACCAGCACCUCUUGCGCCUCCACCUCCGUUACUAGUGGCGCCACCACUUCGGCCACCUACUUUCUCACUCCAUCUCAUCAUCUCCUCCAGCGCCUCCACCCCAACGCCCACCAUCAACAGUACGAACAUGGCCAAUCAUCACAGUUCAUUACUAAUUCGUCUGUUGGUGGAGUUACGGGUGGCGCGUCGUCAUCGGCAUCAUCCACUACCAGUGCUUCCACCUACUCCACCAGUCAGACGCCGCAGCCGCCGGAGGUCGUGGACGCCUCUUUAGCAAUCGCUACCGGAUCAGAAACCCUUGUUGACUCCUCGAAGAAAUCCCAUAACCAGCUGCAAAUUGCUCUACAACCACAAGAACAGCAAGUACAAACCCAACCACCACCAAAAAAGGUUACCAAGGAUCGCCAUACGAAGGUCGACGGCCGGGGCCGGCGCAUAAGAAUGCCUGCCAUCUGCGCCGCUAGGGUUUUUCAGCUUACCAAAGAACUAGGCCACAAGUCCGACGGUGAAACAGUUGAGUGGCUCUUACACCAAGCCGAGCCAGCCAUCAUAGCGGCCACAGGUACCGGCACAAUUCCAGCUAAUAUUUCGACCCUCAACAUCUCUCUUCGAAGCAGCGGCUCCACUCUGUCGGCUCCAUCUUCAAAAUCAGCUCCACAUUCUUUUCAUGGCGCACUAGGGCUAACACAACAACCUUACGAAGAGAAUUUUUCACAAAUGUUAGGGUUUCGCCAUCAUCAGCAGCAGCAGCACCCUCAUCUUUUACAAGCAACUCAAAUUGCAGAAUCCUUAGCGAGCGGAAGCGGCGGCGGAGGUGGAGAUGGUAGCGACGGCGGAGGACAAGAACCCAACGAGAAUUACUUGCACAAGAGAUACAGAGAAGAUUUAUUCAAAGAAGAAGGGACUAAUAAUUCUCAAGGAGAAGGCUCCGAUUCACCUUCACACAAGCAAUUCAAGGGGAACAAUCUGCAAAUUUUACAAAAAUCGCAUGAAUCACCGGCCAACGGACAAUCUUCUCCGAGUCUAAUCCGACAUACCAACAUGAUGCCCGCCACUGCCAUGUGGGCUGUGGCACCAGCACCGAGCAGCGGAACCACCGCCGGCGGUGGCGCGUUCUGGAUGCUCCCAUUCACCUCCGGUAACAACGGCCAGGCGUUGACUGCAGCGGCCACACCCGUGACAAGCCCCCAAAUGUGGCAAUUUCCGGGUGGGAACAGUCUCCAAACGCCAUUACAUUUCAUGCCGAGGUUCAAUUAUUCUGGGAAUCCUGAUUUUCAAGGAGGAAGAUCGAGUCCGUUGCAAUUGGGAUCAAUGCUAAUGCAGCAACAGCAAACGGCGUCUCAAUAUCUUGGAUUAAAUGUGUCGGGGGAGACGAAUUUGGGGAUGUUAGCGGCGCUUAAUGCUUACUCCAGAGGGGGUUUGAAUAUGAGUUCAGAUCAAUUUGAACAUCAUCAACAGCAGCAGCAGCAGCCUCAAGACUCUAAAAGUGGUGAAGAUGGACAAAAUGCUUCUCAGUAAUGCUUGAAAUUGGGAAACUAAUUCAAGGAAGGUAUGUAGGUAACUAGUUCUUAUUCUAAGUUAAUCAGUGUUUAUGAUUAAUUUUUGUUUGUGUGUUUGGAGUGAUUGUUAUGAAUUCGGAAUUUGAAGUGUAAUUUGUUAGUUUGGUCCAAAGGGACAAUACUAGGAAUUAAUUAAGAGAGAGAGAGAGAGAGACUAAUAGUGAAUGUGUAUAGGAGGAACUUGAUUACAAUUUGGAAACUGAAAAUGAAUAUUGAGUUUAA